AUGUAUGUUCAAAAACAUCUACAAAUAAUAGAGUUUACUGUAAUAAAACUUGAUAAAUUAGACGAAGCCUUAAGAUUCGGUACUUUUACUCUUGGUCAAAUUAUUCAUCUUCUCUAUCUCAGUAUUCCGUGUCAACAAUUGAUUGAUCAUAGUCUCAGUGUAUCUGCCAGCAUUUACAGUGGUUACUGGUAUCAAUUGUCUUUAGAGUCGCAAAAAAUGUUGCUGUUUAUCAUGAAAAGAAGUUCAAAACCCUCUGAAUUCACGGCUGGAAAACUUUUUACCUUUUCGAUAAACAAUUUUGCCUCGGUUCUUCGAAUGUCCAUGUCAUAUUUUACUAUGCUGUCUUCAAUUCGAUAAAACAUUCCAUUUAUUUACUAUAAUAAUUAUAUAAAGACACC